CAGUUGGGCUGCUGCUUGGGGGUUUACAGCUUGUGCGUUUCCCACAGAGAACAUUCGAGGCAAAUCCUUUUUAAUCAACACAGCAAUACAAAAGUAGUUGGGUGACAAACAGAUUACAGAGAAAACCUUGAGAAGGACUCGAGCCAAAAUGGACAAGAAGCCUGGUCAAAAGGACAACAAGUCAAAGUUUGCUCCCCCAGUGGCUCGCGCUACUGAGCAGCAUAAGGUGAAGGCAGGCAACUGUGCUCCGGAUGAAGCAGUGGAUAAAGAAGUUAGAGUCCCAAAAGCAAAGCAUGAAAGUAAAGGACUAACUUGGGUAUCAGCAAGUCAGUUGCUCUUACAGAAUAAUACUGAAGAAGACAAGGAGGGUGAGGAAAAAGAUGACAAAGAUGUGAAUGACAAACAGUCAGAACCAAACACAUGGGAUGGAGAGAACACUGAUGGAGAAGUGAAGAAGGGAGUAAACAUCCCUGAAGAAGGGAAUGAACAGGAAGAGACUGCAAAGAUAGUAAAGCAGGAAGAUAAAAUUGAAGAAUUCGGCGAAGGAAAAGUUGAACUUGGCAAAAAAACAAGCGACCCACCCAAGCCUCAGGUGGGUCCUGGUAAGGAAAAUACAGAUGAAAAUAAGUCAGAAAAAAAGAAAGUUCCUAAAUUUGGAGCACGGUUGGAAAAGAAAGAUGGAUCAGGAAAGGAAGGCUUGGACGCCAAAGAUAAAAAGAAAGACUUGAGCAUUAAAAAAACAGAACCCAAUAGGAAAGACAAGAAAGUAAACACAGACAAGGAAGUUCAGAAAGGGCCAAAAAUUCUCAAAGAAAAGAAUGAAAAGGUGGAAAAACAAGAUGGUAAAAGCCAAAAAGCAGACCAAGGCCAAGGCGAAGCAGAUGGAAAUGCGAAAGGUGAGGAGCCCAGGCCUGAGAUUGCCCCCAAAGAAGACAACCCCAGUGAAAAGAAGCCAGAGAAGAAGAAAGUGGUCAAGUUCGCAAGCCAUUCACUGCCACAGAAGAAGGAUGAAGCCGUGAAAGAAGGCACGAAAAAGAAGGACGCAAAUAAAAAAAUGAACGACAACCAGCAAAAACAGCCAGAGAUGGAAGAAAAGGACAAGAGCAGUGGGAAGGGGAAGAAGCCCAGGCCAACGGAAGACACGUCAGAGGCUCCACAAAAAGACACCAAGGAGAAGAACAGCAAAGAGAAGACCAACCAGACACCCAAGACCAAAGAGAAAAGAGAGCGUGAGCCAAAGUCUCCAGCUGUGACGUUGUCAGACAGGCAAUAUGAUGAACUCUUUGACAGUGUUCUGGGGGCCUCGCAACUGGAGGAUUGUAUGGAGGAUGCUGAAGCUAUGCUGAAUGAGGUAGAGAUGCUACAGGCCAGCAUCGACCAGGUAACCAAGAAGGUGAUGGCAGACAGCGAGGAGGAAGGAGAGGAGGAUGAUGGAGAGAGGUGCGGAGAGGAAGAAGAAAAUAAAGAGGAAGAGAUGCAGAGAGGAAAAAGCAGGAGGAGGGAAGAGGCACAGCGUGGCUACACAGGAAGAAAGGAGAAAGUGGCUGUGGCUGUGGCGGGAGUGCGUGGGAGUUGCAAGAAGAGGAGAAGACAGGAGGACGAGGAUAGCGACAGCGAAACAGAUGAAUAUGACUCCUGGGUGCAGUGCAGUAGAGCAGAGUGUAAGAAAUGGAGGAGGCUGCAAGACAAUGAAGACCCCUCAGUACUGCCUAAAAGCUGGACCUGCAGCCAAAACACAGAUUCUGCGCGUAGCAGUUGCUCUGCUCCAGAGGAGAGCUGGUGUAGCACUAAGGACGAGGAUUUCUCCUACUGCAGCCUGGUUCCCGGCUCUCUGGUGUGGGCACAGCAGACUGGAUACCCCUGGUGGCCAGCAAUGAUCGAGAGAGAUCCUGUCAGCGGUGACUUCCUGCAGUUCAAGACCAAGAAAGACCCAUUUCCUUCCAAGUGCCAUGUGACGUACCUUGGGCGGCCUGUGUCUCGUGCCUGGGUGCCCCGAUGCAGAGUGAGGGACUAUGGCGAUCUUCCAGAGGAGGCUGCCCUCAAUAUGGCGAGGCAGCAAGGGAGCAAGCGGAAACUGCAGGACGCCAUAAAGAUGGCUGGACAAAUGUGGAAACUCUCUCUGCAGAAACGUCUGAGCCGAUUUGGUUUUCACACACGCCGAGCAACUGAUGGAGACAUCUCUGAUGUUGACAGUGACAUAGACGAAAUGCUGGCAAUAUUCAACGACAACAGUGUGAAGCGGAGAGGCCAGAAAAAGAGAGGGAAAGACUCGGAUGACGAGGAGGUGAGGCCACCACCAAAACAGAGGAAGAAGGUGCGAGUAGACGCCACUAAGAAUAAGGAGAACGAGAGAGAAGGAACUGGAGAGGAGGAGAAGGAAGAAGAGGAGAGCAUGAAGAAGAAAGAGGAGGAGGAGGAGGAGGAGAAGAGCAUGAAGAAGAAGGAGAAAAGGGUGAAGGAGGAACUGAAGGCCAGUGCGAAGAAAGACUCGGCCAGUGAAAAGAGAGAAGCGGGGAAGAAAGACAAGAAAAAGAAGAAGGGAACUGAGCCAUCAGAGAUGCCGACUCCACUCAAUAAACAAGAUAAGAAGAAGACAGAGAAGAAGAGGCCCGAAACUAGAAAAGGGGCGGAGGAUGGCCAGGAUGUCAGGGAAUCAGAUGACCAGACUGUACCUAAGAGCGUCAGUGCAGAGACCAGUUGCCAGGACGAGGAGGAGGAGGUAGAGAAGGGAGAGGCAGAAGAGAAGGAGACAGAGCAGAUGGAGAAAGAGGGAGAGGAGGAGGAAGAGAUAGAAGACGGAGAGCAAGAGGUAGAUGAAGGGACUCUAGUGAAGGAGGAGGAAGAGGAGGAAUGUGAAGUGGAGAAGGAUGACGAGGAGGAAGAUGAGGAGGAGGCGGAAGAGCAGGAGCAGGGAACGACUGCUGACGAGAAAGAGGAGGUAGCAAAGGGCGAGUCUUCAUCCGGAGAGGAGGAGGAGGUAGAAAAAGGAGAGGAAGAGGAGGAGGAGGAGGAGGAGGAGGAGCGCAUGGCGGAGGGCCUGAGGUUGAGCGAUGAUGACGUUAAAGGUGGACUUCCUGUGGACUUCCUGGAGAACACGGACAUGGAGCUGAUGGAGUGCCGUGAUGAUGUCAUGAAGCGGCUGGGCUGCGCCGAGCAGGAGGAAGAGGAGGAGGAGGAUUUCACCAUGGGACUCUUUGAAGAGUAGUACACACACACACACACACACACUAAAACACACACACACACACACUAAAACACACACACUAAAACACACACAAACACUAAAACACACACACACACACACACACACACACACACACACACACACACACACACACACACACACACACACACACACACACACUAAAACACAUACACACACACACCAAAACACACACACACACACACACACACACAGCAGCUAUGGCGUCACGUCUUACAGAUACACAUGGGCACACACACGCAUGAGUCCUGUCACCACUCUCUCUAUCUGUCUCUUUCUGUCUUUUCUUCACCUCUCUUCUCCUCUUUUUCUUAAAAGUUCUUCUUCUAUUUUUCCCCUUUUAUGCCCUCCCAUUUCUCUCUCUUUCUCUCUCUCUCUCUUCCAUCUCUAUGGUCCUGUUAUGACCUUUCAGAUCUUUCAUCAAUUUUUCAGCUUCUCAGCCUCUUUCUGUGUUGAGAUUUUUGAACACUUGUUCAUGUUCAAUUUUAAAAAAAUCGAAUUCUAUGUUAUAUUCAUUUCUCGAAUAUGAAAUUGUACAAUAAUUUGUUCACAAUGUUUAUUCAAAGUACGUUUGACGGACAUUUUCAAGUUUGUCAUUGUGAUGUGUGUGAAUGUCUGUCUGUCUGUAUGUACUCUGUACUGUAGUAUGUGUCUGUAUGUAGGUAUGAAUGUAUGUGUGUGUGUUAUUUCACUGUCCAUGUACAAUAUGUGUGCUGGGUGUGUGUAUUUUUGAACGCUUGUUCAUGUUCUGUUUUUAUAUUUCUAUGCAUCAUUCAUUGUUUGCUUUGUUCUAAAUACAUUGUUAAGUACA